AUGAUGAACAGCCGAUAUGUGAAUCGGUUCCUGGAUCUUUUUCGACUUUCGGGAGGCGACGAAAGCGUUCCCUUCGCCCGGCAAGAUGCGACGGAACUUACGGUCAUACCGGGCGCCAGUAGCAGCGGCGAUAGCGACGACUCCCCCACUGUGGAGAAUGGGAAGCCGCCGGGAGGCCUGCGGGAUUCGAGUAACGGUGGCGCGGUGAAGCAGCACGGAGUGGAUGAUAAGCCUUCAGGGGAAGGAGAUAACUCCAACAUCAUGCGAAAACAGAUCACAGCUUGGGACGCAGGCUGGAACGUGACUAACGCCAUACAGGGUAUGUUCCUUGUAGCGCUCCCUUAUGCUGUCAUGCACGGUGGAUACUGGACUGUCCUGUCCCUGGUACUAGCUGCAAUCAUCACAUGCUACACUGGAUUAAUCCUUGUGGACUGUCUCUACGACACCAACGCUAUCACAGGUGAGAGGGUCCGGGUGCGUGAGACCUACGUGUCCAUCGCCGAAGAGGUCUGGGGUAAACGUUUCGCCUCAAGGGUUGUCCACACGGCGCAGUUCAUAGAGCUGAUCAUGACUUGUAUCCUAUACCUGGUGCUCUGCGGCGACCUGCUCUACAACACCAUCCGACACACUCCACUUCGGGAAAGCGCCUGGACCCUCAUAGCCUGUUUUCUAGUGCUGCCUUGUGCUUUCCUGCGCAACCUCAAGGCCGUCUCACGCUCCAGCUUCGGUAACGCCAUCGCCCACGUCAUCAUCAACGUGAUCAUCCUGGGGUUCUGUUUCGCUCAGGCUGGACACUGGCACUGGAAGGACACGAGUCUUCGGAUCCAUAUCCACUACUUCCCCGUGUCUCUGGGGAUCGUCGUCUUCAGUUACACCUCGCACAUCUUCCUACCCAGUCUGGAAGGCAACAUGGUGGAUCGGCGCUACUUUAAGCGGAUGAUGCUAUGGACGCACGGUCUGGCAGGAUUCUUCAAGGCUUUCUUCGGCUACGUCGCUUACCUUACCUUCGGCCUCAGCACGCAGGAGGUCAUAUCGGACAACCUCCCAACCCACUCCUUCAGAUCUAUCGUCAAUUUAGUUCUUGUAGCCAAAGCGCUGCUGUCUUUCCCUCUUCCCUACUUCGCAGCCGUGGAGCUCCUGGAACGGGCCUUCUUCCAGGGCCGCCCUACAACCGUCCUCCCCUCCUGCUACUCCCACGAUGGCAUGCUCACCGUCUGGUCCAUUCCUCUCCGGCUACUCCUAAUCUGCGUCAGUGUUCUCUUAGCCGUCUUCAUCCCACAUUUUGCAAUCCUGAUGGGGCUUAUAGGAAGCGUUACAGGGACCAUGUUGUCCUUUAUCUGGCCAUGUUGGUUCCAUCUCAGGUUAAAGUGGCAUGAACUAAAAUUGUGGAACAAAGUGAUAGAUAUUCUUAUUAUGUUAGCAGGUGCUGGGUGCGGUUGUAUAGGAAUCAUCUAUUCAUUUGAAGCUCUUGUCAAAACGUAUGUGGAGUCAUAGCUAGAGUAGAUUUACCAACCGUAUUAAGCAUAGAUGUAAAUACCUUGAAAAUGUUUAUUACAGUGAUAUAAAUUAAGAAUGAGAACUGUCACGUACGAGUUGUUAGGGUAAUUAGUAGUGCAAUAUUCUGUCAUUGUUUCUUGAUGCCUGAUUCUUUUGAAUAAUAAUGUAAACAUUCACUCCAUCCAGUUGAAAUCAAUAUCAUCAGUCUCAUGUUUUCAUGAGGGCAACAUUAUCAUCAAAAAUUAGAGUCAAGCUUCGAGAUAAACAGAUAAAAUAUGCUGGAAAAUUAGGUUACAAUCCAUAGCUGGCUACACAAGUAGCAAAGAACGUAAGGAGGCACCUGUACAUUUUGGACAUAUUGUUAUUACGAAACAAUCAUCUUACAUACCGUUAUAAGGUAGUACAUUAUUUUCAUGUUAAGAACUGGUCAUUUUUGUUGUUUUCAACUUAAGAGAAAUAAUAGUUGUGUCCGAUCGAAUUGUUUUGGGCAAUGUCACCUUUACUAUAUUAUAGGUAAAUAAGGCAAUCCGUAUUCUGAAUAGUGGGUUCGUGAAACAAUUCGUAUCGGGCACUUCACAAACUAUGCAUAAAAUUUGGUUACAUUACAAAUAAAGGCUUAUUUAGCAAGAAAUCAAGGAGAGUUGUGCAUAAAGUUGCCUACGAUACGGUUGGGCAUCUCAUUACGUCCAUGUUAGGCAAAUUUUACCCAAUGUUUUUACAGUGCAGAAUUGUUCUUGUAUCAAUAUCCGUCCCGCUUGAUUGUGACAUUAAAUAAUGUUGCUAUCACUUAUGGUCCGUUUGACAUGUUAGAUAUAAUUUAUGAUGGUAAAGAUGAGAGGAAUUCUUUUUUUUUAAUAACCAUCAAUAAUCAAAUUGCAAAUGAUGUAAAAUAGAUCAACGUGAUAGCUCUAUUUUACACAUUUUAACAAAUUAAUGUAAAUAGGCCUAUUCAGUAUUGGUGCUUUUAAAAUGAUAACAAAUAUCAGUUAGGAUAAGUGGGGAGAAGGAAAGGGGGGGGGAGGAUCCCCCCAAAAAGCGAUUUAGCGCUUUGGAAAUCAUUAUGCCCGUACAAUCAAGAUAGUCAUGGUAGUUAUAUCAGUAUAGGAGGUUUUUUUUAAUAGAAAUCGAUCUUUAUAAACAAAUCCAUGUAUUAUAGUUUGAUUAAACUAACCAAUGAUAACAAGCAGAUGACUAGAUUUGGAUUUGAGAGAUAAGAUGAAUUCGACUUUCAUGACGUUUAUGACUUGUUAAACAUUGAUAUUUCGUCCAAUAUCCCGAUAAUUCCAUGUGUGAGUCAGUGCACUUUGCAGGCCCGAUGUAAGCGUUGUAUUUUGUCAGUUGGUUCGGAAGUGAGUAAAUAGCCUAAUAAAAGUGAAUUUAUUAUUUACAUGAAAGCCUUUUUAUUGUCUUGAUAUACUGUUUUGUCUGCAAAUCAUGCAAAUUGUAGCUUUACACUUUCAUGUCUGUUAGGAGCGGAUGCUAACUCAUAUGAUUUAACACAAAGCUAGUGCCCGAUUGGCUCUCAUCAAGCAGAUCACCUCAAAAGUACAUUAACUCUUUCUCCCUUCUUCGCAUUUAUCUCUGCGAGACAAAAUCAACCACAAAGUCAUACGCCAGAAAACAAAGGUUAAAGACAUCAUGGAGAAAGUCAGAUAAUCAAAAUGGAGAUGGGCUGGGCAUGUAGCAAGACUUCAGGACAAUAGAUGGACAAAUCGUUUAACAGAAUGGCAACCAAGGAUGGGAAAGAGAAGAAGAGGAAGGCAGAAGAGAAGAUGGAGAGAUGACCUAACAU